AUGGCAUUCGUUCUGCCAUCUGAGACUAGUCCUGGUAGCUCACUAGUCAACGGCCUACACAUGAACGGACAAGACUCGCUUGUUCAGCCUUUGCUGACUGACUUCUAUCAAAUUACAAUGUGCUAUGCAUAUUGGCGGUCCGGCACCCAUGAUGAGCCAGCUGUUUUCGAUCUAUUUUUCCGGAAGAAUCCUUUCCAGGGCGAGUUCACUAUUUUCGCCGGUCUCGAAGACUGUCUGCGUUUUGUAGAAAACUUCAAAUUUUCUCAGAGUGAUCUGGAAUUUAUCAGAAAGAUACUUCCUGCAGAUGUGGAUGAGCAGUUUUUCGAAUAUUUGAGAGGUAUUGACUGUACCCAGUUAACCAUUCAUGCCGUACCAGAAGGUUCUGUUGUAUUCCCUAAGGUUCCGCUCAUAACUAUCGAGGGACCCUUAGCUAUCUGCCAACUGCUAGAAACCACAUUCUUAAACUUAGUCAAUUACGCUAGUUUAGUAGCUACGAACGCCGCAAGAUUCAGACAAGUUGCAGGUGAUAGGAUGCAGAUGCUUGAAUUCGGACUUCGAAGAGCUCAGGGACCUAAUGGAGGAUUAACAGCUAGCAAAUAUUGUUAUAUUGGAGGUUUCAAUGGAACCAGCAAUGUUCUAGCUGGGAAGCUGUAUGGAAUUCCGGUGAAAGGAACUCAAGCUCACUCCUUCAUCUGCUCAUAUUCAAAGCCUGAAGAGUUAAAAGUCCGAGUUUUGAAAUCAAAAGAUUGUAGUUCUGAGAUUGAUUUGUUCGAAAACAGUCAAAAAAAGCGUAAUUUCAUCAUGGAUAGCGUUCAUUGGGGUGUGGCAAAGUCUGAAGUUAACGAAGGAGAGUUAGCGGCAUUCGUUGCUUAUGCCAUUGCUUUUCCUGAUUCAUUCCUAGCUUUAAUUGACACCUAUGAUGUCCUCAGAAGCGGGCUUGUCAAUUUCCUCGCCGUAACUCUCGCUCUGUAUGACAUCGGUUACAAAUCCCUUGGCUGUCGCAUUGAUAGUGGGGAUCUAUCCUAUUUAUCAAAGGAAGUACGAUCGAAAUUCAAAAAAGUGGCUGAACUGAAACCCGAAUACGCAUGGGUAGCAAGUCUUACUAUCGUAGCUUCAAAUGAUAUAAACGAAGAAACUAUCAUGUCAUUAAACGAGCAAGAGCAUGAAAUCGAUGCCUACGGUGUUGGAACUCAUCUCGUUACAUGCCAGAAGCAACCCGCUCUUGGCUGUGUGUUUAAGUUAGUCGCCCUUAGUGGACAACCAAAAAUUAAACUGAGCCAGGAAGUGUCGAAAAUCACCAUACCGGGAAGAAAGAAAUGUUAUCGCGUUUAUGGCAAAUCUGGAUACAGUAUCCUGGAUCUGAUGACUCUAGAAGAUGAAGAAAUUCCAAAAGCAAAUGAACAAAUUCUUUGUCGACAUCCAUUCGAAGAGUCGAAAAGAGCACUGGUCAUAGCUAGUAGAGUCGAGCCACUCCAACAACUUUUCUGGUCUAAUGGGAAGCUAUUACAAGAACUGCCUUCUUUAGAUGCUAUUAAGGCUAGAGUCAAUUCCUCAAUUUACAGACUUCGUAAAGACCAUCGUCGGUAUUUGAACCCGACUCCAUACAAGGUCUCUGUUAGCGAGAAACUGUACACUUUCCUGCAUAGCUUGUGGCUGCAAAAUGCUCCAAUUGGUCAGCUUGAGUAG